AUGUUCAAGUGGCCAUGAUCUCAACCAACUAUACAGACAUUGAUCCAGCUGCCAAGACUAUUGAUGCAGCUUACAAUGAUUUUGAGACUACUGGUGUAUUUCCAGUUGGAGAAACUAUAGUUGAAUACAUCUUCACUGAUAGUGCAUCGCCAGGCAAUGAAGCUACGUGUUAUAUCACAAUAGUUAUAUCAGAUCUAGAAAAGCCUGAGAUUGUAGAUUGUCCAAUGGAUAUAACAGUUAACACAACAAAUGGGGAACCAGUGGCUGUCAAUGUCACAUGGACAGAGCCAACAGCUACUGAUAACUCUGGAGAGACACCAGAACCAGAGUCUGACUACACCUCUGGUGACAAUAUGUUUGUGAUUGGUGACACAACAGUGCAGUACAAUGCAACAGAUUCAAGUGGUAACUUCAAUGAUCGCUGCAGGUUUACUGUCACUGUUGAAGACAAUGAGCCUCCAGGUAUAACUUGUCCUACAAAUGUCACUUCGAACAACUACAUUGAUGAAUCGUUUGGUAUAGUACAAGUGAGCACAGAUGAAGGAAGUCCAAAUGCCACUGUCACCUGGGAUCAGCCUGUCACAAGUGACAAUAGUAAUGAAAAUGUGACGGUAGUAUCGUCACCAUAUCAGUCAGGUGAUAUGAUACCAAUUGAAAUUUCUUCUAUUGGGAUUUACUUAAUGGCAACUGAUCCUUAUGGUAAUGAAGGUACCUGUGAAUUUGUUAUCCAAGUCCAAGACAUAGAACCACCUGUUCCAAGUUGUCCAUUAGGAGUUAAUGGUGUGACUGAUGAUGGAAAACCAAAUGGCACCAUCAGCUACAACAUUACCAUCAUGGAUAAUGUUCAAGUGGCCAUGAUCUCAACCAACUAUACAGACAUCGAUCCAGCUGCCAAGACUAUUGAUGCAGCUUACGAUGAUUUUGUGACUACUGGUGUAUUUCCAGUUGGAGAAACUAUAAUUGAAUACGUCUUCACUGACAAUGGAUCUCCUACAGGAAAUGAAGCUACGUGUUAUGUCACAAUAGUAAUAUCAGGUAGGCUUAUGCUGGGUGGUUGGCCCAGCUGUUGCAGUACUGCUUCUCAACUAUAAGGCACUUUACCUCCUGAUGUCUUUCCACCCAUGAG